AUGGCCUCAGAUACGCGUGUACGUCCCGAGAGAACGAAAAUAGGUGGAUUGCUGCAGAUCCCUCGCAUGCUCAAUGGGUUGUGGCAGCUCGCAGGGGGCCACGACAAGGAUGUCGACAUCGCCAGCGCCUCAGCGGCCAUGGACGCGUUAAUAAGCAGUGGACUAGAAUGCUUCGACAUGGCGGAUCAUUACGGAGAGGCCGAACUCGUCGUCGGGCAUCACAAUGCCAACUCCGAGGCGGGACUGACUGCUCUCACCAAGUGGUGCCCAGCAGAAAACGGGGUCAAGAGCUUUGAAAAUGCAGAGGCGGCCGUCGACCUCGCUCUGAGGAGAUUGGGCCAGAGCACAAUCCCAUUGCUGCAGUACCACAUCUGGGACUACACCGACGAUACGUACAUCCACAAUCUCACACACCUGUCCAGCCUCCAGUCCCAAGGCAAAAUCAGCCACCUGGGCCUGACCAACACCGACGCCGCCCACCUCGAGAUGCUGCUCGACACCGGCUUCAACAUCGCCACCAACCAGGUCUCCUGCUCGGUGAUCGACCUGCGCGCCAUCCGCGGGCGCAUGAGCCAGCUCUGCGCGGCCCGCGGCGUCGGGCUGCUCUGCUACGGCACGCUCCUCGGCGGCUUCAUCUCCGAGAAGUGGCUCGGGCGGCCCGAGCCCGCGGACGCGGACGCCCUCAACUGGUCCCUGAGGAAGUACCUGCGCUUCAUCCGGGCCGCCGGCGGGUGGGCGGCUUUCCAGGGCGUCCUGGAGGCGCUCGGGGCGGUGGCGAGGAAGCACGGCGUCCCUAUCCCUGCGGUGGCGACGCGUUGGGUCCUGGAUGUGCCGGCUGUGAAGGCCGUCAUUGUCGGGACGAGGUUGAGCGUCGGCUCAGAGGAGUACGUCGCGCAGAACCUCCUGGCCUUCUCUUUUGGGCUGGAUGACGGGGACAGGAGAACCAUCGCGAAGGCGCAGGAGGGCCUGCGUGAAAUACCGGGCGACUGUGGAGACGAGUACCGCCGGCCGCCGUACCUGACAGCUGCUGGGGAUCUGAGCCACCAUGUCAGGGAGACAGAUCGCAGUAGGUCGGUCAGGGAGGCUGUUGCUGCGGGCCAGAGGGUCGAGUACUUGAGUGGCAGCAAGUGGGAGCCCAUCUGUGGCUAUUCCCGCGCUGUCCGCGUCGGUUCACAUAUCCACGUCUCGGGUACAACCGCGAACCCACCCGUACCUUCCCUGUCCUGCGUCGGUGGCACCUCCGCAGCCAGUCAGGCAGUGUGGGCACUAGACAUUAUAGAGGGUGCGCUGAAGGCACUCGGCUCAUCGAUGAAAGAUGUCGUCAGAACACGUGUCAUCCUGUCCAACAGGAAGGACGCUGAAGCCGUGAGUGAGGCUCACGGAUGGAGGAUGGAGUGCGCUGGGGUACUCCCCGCCAACACACUGAUCGAGGCGACUCUCUACGAGGAUGAAUUCUUGGUCGAGAUCGAGGCAUGGGCUGAGGUUGAUUCUGGCGCCAGAGGCACGCUGCGAGUGUACAAGUCGUGA